UAUGAGGAACAGACCUCAAAUAUGUCUGUGGCUAAGAUUGAUUGAGCAUAACUAAGAGGCCAUACUUUUUUACUUCUAAUUGAUUUUGGAGAUUUAAAAGGCUGUACACCAAAAUCAGCAAAGUUUGAAGGGAUGAGUUUAGGAUUGGUUCUGUUAAUAGUCUGUAGAGUUGGAUUGAGUUCAGAGUGUAGAUGGAACUAUACCAAUCCAGGGCCGAGGUAUGCAAAUGUACCGGCUAGCCUGUCUGUGAGUCCAGGACAAAUAUCUAAAAACCAGUUUCUCCACGUGGACUUUACCAGCACUCAGGAGCUAGACUCAUUCAGAAUUGGAGUUUUAAAUGGAAACAUGGAAUCCAUCGGGACCAUUUACCCACCUUACCCCCCACAGUUUAUGCAUCUCUCUCAACUACAGGUUCAAGAUUGCUGGGCAGUCAACACUAAACUUCAGAAUAGAUAUCUUUGGUUUCAAUGGGCAGAUCCUGAAUACACAGGAAUUGUAAAGGUUGUUGGGGAGGUAGUACAAGGAAAUACAACAUAUUCUCUACCUACAGUUUAUGCAUAUAUAAAUUAUGAUCCAAUAAGGAAGGUUCUAGCCUCAUUAUCUUAUCAACUCAACUAG